AUGUUCAAAAAGCUAUUCGGUGUUACGAAGAAGACCUUCCUGGAGAAGAAUGUCGUUCGCGCUGGCGAGAACGACAAAUUCUACGAAGACAAGUGCACGUUCUGUUGGGGUCCAUACGACGAAGAUCAUCGCGCUGUGCGCGUGCAGCCUUGCGAUCACGUAUUCGGAGACGUCUGCCUCGAAGACAUGAUCGACGCCCCGAAUGGAGACAAAUGCCCCAUCUGUCGAGCAUCGAAUCCAGGCGUUCUGGUAUACACUCCAACCGUUCUGGUAUAG